UGAUUAUGUAAUUACGUAAAACAAAGCACGUAAAUUAUUUCGAAGAAAUUUUCUAACAAAUUUCAUGCUGAGCCAAACGAGUGAAGAAAUUUUACAAAAUCUCAUGUGUAGCUUGAACGUCCAAAUUCCUGAAAAGGACGAGCUACUAGCAAUUAGCUUGGAAUCAAAUCAGCUGGCAUUCGUGAAAAAUUAUCGAGACGGAAGACACUCGUGAAAAGCGUCACUAACGCCUAAUAAGUUAGCAAGUACAGUACAGUGGAGGUAAAAGAGAACUAGUGAAUAACCUCAAAAAAUGUCGCAGAAACGCAUCAUGUAUGCGCCAUUUAAUUUUUCGUGGGUUGUACCAGACAAACUCGCGUGUACGGGCUGGCCACAAAACGCAGCAAAUCUACGAUUUCUUGAAAAAGAGGGAAUCACGCAUCUGAUAACGUUAAGCAUGGAACGAAAGCCACCGAUCGAUGAUUUGCCAAAAGGAAUGAAAUGGUCUCAGAUAUACAUUGAGGAAUUUAAAGCACCGACCGUUAAAGAGAUCAAUCAAUUUAUUGAUAUCUGUCAGCGAGCACAUUUCACAAAAGACGUCAUCGCUGUCCAUUGUCGACAAGGUAGAGGUCGUACUGGUGUUAUGGCCGCCUGUUAUCUAGUUAGAUUUCAAGAUUUUACACCCGAGAUGGCAAUCGUUCAAUUAAGGGUAAUGAGACCCGGAAGUGUUGAGACAUAUAAGCAAGAACGGGCAGUGGUCAAGUAUUAUGACGCGUUGAGAGGAAUUCGCGAAGAGAGGAGAAGAGAAUUCGCGGAACUUCCGGCACUUCCCGAACGUACUACGGCUGUCGAACUUGGUCUUUCCAGAUGGAAAAUGCCGGUACACAUCUCCAUGCUGCACAGAUACACAAAUUCUGAGAAGCCAAUAAAAAAAAUUCCAAAUUCAUUGCCAUCGUACGUUUGCAAGAUGUACAAUGAUAAUUUUUAACUAAUUACAAAAUGCCUUUUAUCGUAAUCCAUUACUAACUCUAUCACGCGUGCAAAAGGAAUGUUUUCACCGGAAAUGGGACGCCAAGAAGAGCAACAGAAGAAAUGAACGUUCAAAACGUUCUAUAUAUAUUGAAUUUAUUAUUGUACACGUUAUAGCCAAUCGACAUUUCCUCACAAAUUAGGAAGAAUUGUGCAUCAUUUAUUUCAUUGAUAAAAUAUAAUCAUACAAUUAA